CAGGAGCAGGGCAGCAGGAGCUGCUUCUGUCUCCACCAUCACCAGGAGCAGAGCAGCAAGAGCUGCCUCUGCCUCCGCCACCUCCACCAGCAGAGGGUGAAUGCCUGCUGGUUCCACAUCCACCGUCGUGGGAGGACUGCUUGCCCCUCCCACCUCCACCAGCAGAGGGUGAAUGCCUGCUGGUUCCGCCUCCACCGUCGUGGGAGGACUGCUUGCCCCUCCCACCUCCACCAGCAGAGGGUGAAUGCCUGCUGGUUCUGCCUCAACCGUCGUGGGAGGACUGCUUGCCCCUCCCACCUCCACCAGCAGAGGGUGAAUACCUGCUGGUUCCGCCUCAGCCGCCGUGGGAGGACUGCUUGCCACUCCCAGCUCCACCAGCAGAGGGACACAGGGUACGAGGGAGAAGUGGAGCUCCCGCUGCCGCCUCCAUGGCCAGGGGCUCCCCUCCCGAGUUCGCCUUCCGAGGGUCCGCUGCGGCUGCCGUCGCCUUCCGAGGGUCCGCUGCUGCUGCCGUCGCCUUCCGAGGGUCCGCUGCUGCUGCCGUCGCCUUCCGAGGGUCCGCUGCUGCUGCCGUCGCCUUCCGAGGGUCCGCUGCUGCUGCCGUCGCCUUCCGAGGGUCCGCUGCUGCUGCCGUCGCCUUCCGAGGGUCCGCUGCUGCUGCCGUCGCCUUCCGAGGGUCCGCUGCUGCUGCCGUCGCCUGGGGUCGCCAGGGAUCCUGCUUCGCCUGGGGUCGUCGAGGGUCCGGCUUUGCCUGGGGUCGCCAGGGAUCCUGCUUCGCCUGGGGUCGUCGAGGGUCCGGCUUCACCUGGGGUCGCCAGGGAUCCUGCUUCGCCUGGGGUCGCUACACGAUGGCCGGAGCUCCAGGAAAGGGAGCUGCCAGAAAUGAAGAAAGGGGGGGAGGUCAGGAGACCAGCUCCCCCAGCCGCACUUUCGCGGCUGGAGAUCAUGUGGUCGGAGCCCCACGGAGGGGAACUGCCGGCCAUGAAGAAGGGGGGAGAGGUCAGGAGACCAGCUCCCCCAGCCGCACUUUCGCGGCAGGAUAGAGUGUGGCGGGAGCCCCGGAAGAGGGAGCUGCCGGCCACGAAGAAUGGGGGGGUGCCAGAGAUUCCACCAUGGCCACCCCCCAGAAGUAACUUGCUUCCCCCUCUUCCGGGACUUUAAGACUGAGGGGGGAGGUGGCCGUUGGGGCCAUGUGUGCUGCG